AUGCAGGAGAUAGAGCCCCCAAAGCUGUCCAAUGAGACGAUCACCUUUAAGAACGAGGUGGGGCAGUACGACCUGGAGGUGACCACCUUCCAGCUGGCCGUGCUGUUCGCCUGGAACCAGAGGCCCCGAGAGAGGAUCAGCUUCGACAACCUGAAACUGGCCACAGAGCUGCCCGAUGCAGAACUACGGCGCACACUCUGGUCUCUGGUGGCGUUUCCUAAGCUGAAGAGACAGGUGCUGACCUAUGACCCCUCUGUCAGCACCCCCAAAGACUUCACAGACAGCACCAUCUUCUACGUCAACCAGGAGUUCUCGAUCAUCAAAAACUCCAAAGUCCAGAAGCGUGGAAAGAUCAAUCUGAUUGGCCGGCUGCAGCUGACCACUGAGCGAAUGAGAGAAGAGGAGAACGAGGGAAUCGUUCAGCUCAGAAUACUCAGGACUCAGGAGGCCAUCAUCCAAAUCAUGAAGAUGAGGAAGAGAAUCAGUAACGCCCAGCUGCAGACGGAGCUGGUGGAGAUCCUGAAGAACAUGUUCCUGCCUCAGAAGAAGAUGAUCAAGGAGCAGAUAGAGUGGCUCAUCGAACACAAGUACAUAAAGAGGGACGAGACGGACAUCAACACCUUCCUCUACAUGGCCUAGGAGCCAGGAACCAUGGGCUCUGUUCUUAUUUACCCCUGGCCUGUGAGCGGCGCUUUGAAACGCUAUUAGAGGAGAAGGAAAAGAGGAUGUGUAUUGAAGGACGAGGAAGAGCAUUUUCAACAAAAGUGGGGAGAUUUCUGUGUUUGUGAGACGCCAGUGUGUUAUGGAGGUGAGUGUCUGUCCUGCUGCCCUCUUGUGUUAGUGAGAGGAGAGGGCCGCUGUCUGCCAGCAGCUGCCAUCAAACAGACAGAAAUAAUUCCUGCCUUACUUUGUCGGCCAUGGACUGCAGAGGAGGAGCUGGGAGGAGGACGAGCUGAUGCACCUCUCAGUAGCAGCCCUUCUGCAUCCCUCCUAUUCUACGUUUGUCUUAUUUUUUGGAAUAACAAUGCAGAAAAACUGGGAGUGAGCGCUGAGAGCAUUGAGGAGGAGAGGACACGGAGAAAGAGAUUAGUUAAAACUACAGAGGAGUAUUUUGCCAAACUGUGUGUGCGUGUGCGUGCGUGUGUGGGUUUGGUGUGUACUUUCAACAGCAUGCUGCUCUGUGAUUUGUUAAUUGAAGGAUCUGUCACAAUUUGUGGUUGUGUCUGAGAUGGUGGGGAAAUCAAAACCAGACGCUAAUGAAAUGCUGGUUUUUCUUUAGGGAUGUAUAGAAUAAUAAAUUACAAAGAAAGACACAAGUGUAAGAGAAAACAUUGGAAAUGAGCUGAGGUUAAGGAGGUCAAAUGUACAAAAACACGACGAGAACAAUAUUCAUAGGUCCCGCAUGCUUAGAGGGGAAAUGUUGACCCCUGCAGGCGAGCAAAUGCAACCUUGAUUAAAAUCACAAAUGUCACUAGUUUUGACGAAUAAACAAUGUAAACAUUUGGGAUAAUGUAAGUAUACGCAAUGUUUAACAUUGUUCAUUUUUAGGCAUUUCAAUAGGGAAAAUGUUACAUAAUACAUGUCUUUGUUUUGUUCACCGGGUUGUGCACUUUCAAAAACUAUUUUUUGGGCUGAAGCCGAUACUGUCACCCCAAAAUGGACAAAGUGUGUAUUUUCACGCUUGUUCAGAAAUGUCCCUGCGUUGUCGCUGCUCAGACAUGAAUAUAUGGAUUUAAAGGGUGACUCCUCCAUCAGGUGAAUACAGGGUCUGUUCAGGGGGAGAAUCAGCUGCUGAGUCAAAGCAACAAUAUCACUUGGGAUUAAAUACUUUGCAUUACAUAAACACUGCAUUUUUAAAAUGAUUUAAAGCACACAUUGUUCUCCCAAGUAAUGCUACAAUGUCAUGUGACAUGAUUAGUGAGUGAUGUGCGCUGACUGUAUUUCUGAACACGAGAGCAGUGAAGAAGAAAGACAACCGUGAAUGUGUGGGAUUCAAUUUGUUUUAUAUUUACUCUAUAUUUAUAAAGAAUGUGACUUUCUUUGUAUUUGAAAA